UCACUAAUUUUUAAAUAUCGUUUAAAAAAGGUUGGGUUCCCCGCCGUUUCCAUGGCACUUCGAUACAAUUUUUUCCUUCCCCCUGCGAAUUGCUAUGAAAAAAAUCUUAAUUACUCACAAAAAGCAAAGAAAUUAUAUUUAUUUAUUGGCAUUUGUUUCAACGAAAAAAUAGAUACUUAAACUUCAAAAAAUGGAACAAGCCCGAAUGACUGUUCAUCAACUUCGACAAGAGGCAAAUAUUAAUCGCAAAAAAGUGUCUGAUGUUGCUAGAGAUUUAAUUGACUUUUGUGAGACCAAAAAAAAUGAAGAUCGCUUAAUUACAGGACCAAUAGGGCCCAAUCCUUUUCAAGAAAAGAAAUCUUGUUCAUUGCUUUGAUUUAAUUUUUUAAUCUAUAUUUUAUUUUAUUAAUCUGAUUAAAGCGAAGGAAUGUUUUUUUGUUUAAUUUUAAAGUUUCUAUAUAGUCUGACCCGAGUAAAUAACGAGUCAGGCAUAUGUCAUGAAAGUGCCCAACACAAUACAAACCAGCUAGAAAAUUCUUGAAAACUUCA